AUGAUUCAACUCACCAGAUUCUCGAGCAUCAUCGUUUUGUGUCUGCUGUUGGCAGCUCCUGGCGAGCCGAAGAAGGACUUAUAUCAAAUUCUCGGUAUUCCUCGAACUGCCUCGCAGAGAGAUAUAAAGAAAGCCUUCAGACAGAUGGCUAUAAAGUAUCAUCCCGAUAAAAACCCCGGUAAAGACACAUCCGAACACUUUCGAGAGAUUGUGGAAGCCAUGAUUCAACUCACCAGAUUCUCGAGCAUCAUCGUUUUGUGUCUGCUGUUGGCAGCUCCUGGCGAGCCGAAGAAGGACUUAUAUCAAAUUCUCGGUAUUCCUCGAACUGCCUCGCAGAGAGAUAUAAAGAAAGCCUUCAGACAGAUGGCUAUAAAGUAUCAUCCCGAUAAAAACCCCGGUAAAGACACAUCCGAACACUUUCGAGAGAUUGUGGAAGACCCGGCCAAACGAGAACAGUACGACAAAUUCGGAUCUGUACCGGGUGAUCACUCGGAUCAACAACAUCCAGAUAUGCACGAAUUCUUCCACGGAUUCACUUUCCCGUCGUUCAAAGACAUGUUCGGGGAUGACGACGAUGAUGAUGACUUUACAUUCGGUAGCUUCUUUCGCAAAGGGUUUGGUGACGAUUUUCACCACGGAUCCAGCUUUGCAAACGAGUUCCAUUCGCACAGCACAUUUUCUAGUCACCGUUCGCUACAUCACAAUGGCUGUCUCAGUUUAUCCAAAUCACUCUUUGUGCAGUCCUUCCAUCCCCGACAAAAUCCCGACCGUCGACAGGCCUUCGGGCGUGAGACCAGCUAUCUACAAGCUGACAAUCUUAUCGGUCAACAGUCGUACAAAUUUGAGGAGCCGUCCAGUCAACCAGCAGAAGUUUCACUGAAGGUGAAAUCGGGCUUUGCUUAUCCAGCGAGGGACGUUUUGAAGUUCAUGACAAUCGGUGACUUUCAACAAACACACGUUGACCCACCUGAAGUAGAUAAUCCUUCGGUGCCUAGCUGCCAUGCCACCCAAAGGAAGCGGAAAGGCUGGGAUAUUGCCAGGUUCCCCAAGCCCAGACAAAAGAAGUCGAGAUUCAGAGGUCGGAUUCGAAACACCUACCUUCCGAUCAAUUCGUCACGUCUCCAAAUCCCCGUCGGCCGUGUGCGUCGUCUGCUGCGCAUGGGCAACUAUGCUGAGCGCGUUGCUGCUGGUGCCCCAGUUUACUUGGCCGCAGUUCUGGAAUACCUCGCUGCUAAGGUUUCGGAAUUGACGGGCAAUGCAGCGCGUGACAAUAAGCAGACCCGCACCAUCUUCCGUCACUUGCGACUGGCCACCCGCAAUGACGAGGAGCCUAAACAAGCUGUUGGGUGCCAUUUGGCCCGUAUCCAAUCCCCUGGGAAUCAGCUCACGUGUUUGUCUCGUCUCGGCGAGGGGAAUUCCGCAUCACCUAUUGAACUGUGGGAUAGUCUGAUUUCGAAUACUUCUGCCUAUCAAUUCCAUCACCAAAUUCUUCACACAGAGGGGCAAAAACAAAUGUAUCUACUAGCUCCCAAUGGGCCACCCAUAUCUGAUACCAACUGCUCUCCGAACAAACGAACUCAUCUUCUCAGUAUGACUCACACUUCAGAUCCAUCCAAAUUGGAAGUAAACGAAUUCAGUGACCUCCGCAAGCCAGAACCUUCAAUUUCAUUCAUGUAUCCGGACUCAUCGACCGGCGAGGGUUGGCCAAGCUAUGAACCAACCGAUUUUUUCUCGCCAAAUUUCGCCAAAGGAAAAUAUUCUGCCGCAUUGCGAGCUGCCCAGCAGAAUGCAUACGAAGAUAAUGAGAGAAAGUCUUGUGGACCAACCCUCGACGAUCAACCUUGCCCAAGAGCUGUUCGACUGGAAAAACAUGAAGUAGACAGCGCGGUUGAUCUUGAUCCGUCAACGAACGUCUUGGCACCCAAGCUAUCUCAUCUAACAGACACUGGUUGUGCAACCGUUUCUUCAACUAGCAAACGUCCUCGUUCGGCCUACACAAACCAGCAACUUGUGGAGCUGGAAAAGGAGUUUCACUAUUCCAACUACUUGGUUCAACUUCGGCGAGUGGAACUCGCCAAACAAUUGGGCCUAAGUGAGCGACAAAUCAAAAUCUGGUUUCAGAACCGCCGCAUGAAACAAAAGAAAGAACUGAGAGAUGCCGAGAAGUGUAAAGCUAGGUACGACUAUCGACUUGGUCACUGGUGUCCAAAAGGGCUCGAGUAUAGAUCAGAUGCAAUUCACUACAGGCCAGAAAUACCACAUGACUCUCAUAUUGAUCUACCGGGCCCAACUGGAACUCAGCAAUACCAUCUGAGGUUACCAACGCAACCUAUUGGUGCUUAUGAUGCAACUAGCAGUUUUCAGCCAAGGUUCCGGCCAUCGCUGCAAGCUGGACUGGAUGUUAACUACGCACCUAGCCCACAAUCAAAUUACUCGUGUCAACAACUCCCACAAAGUCCCCCAUGUGAUUAUUGUAACUCCGCAGAACCGACUUAUCGGAGUCCGCAACCUCCGUAUUUUCCAAGGACAGUUUCAUCCAACGGGUUUAAAAUCACCACUCAUAUAUACUACUGA